CGACUUUAUUUGUAAAUGUUUCCUAAAUAAUUUCAAUCUAAUCAGCAUUUGAAUAAACUAUGGCUAAUCAAUUUCUGAAGAGAUAUCCCAGAAUAAUUAAUAAAGGGUCAAAGGAAGUCAAACAGCAUUUUAAUUACUUGCUUGUAUUAGACCUUGAAGCGACAUGCAAAGAGUUUGAGAAAUUGCAGCCCCAGGAGAUCAUUGAAUUCCCAUGUGUAGCAUUAUCUACAAAGAACUGGAAAGUUGAGAACGUUUUUCAUCAAUAUAUCAAGCCAAAAGUCCAUCCACAGCUUACUCCGUUUUGUACAAAAUUGACUGGUAUUAUACAAGAAAUGGUGGAGAAUCAACCACACUUUCCAGAAGUGUUUGAUAAAUUCUGUUGCUGGUUAGAAGAACACAAUUACUUUAAAGAAGGCAAUGAUUGUGCCUUUGUUACAUGUGGCGAUUGGGACUUAAAGGCUAUGCUACCAAGUCAAUGCAAAUUAGACCAAAUAACACUUCCACUGUAUUUUAGAAAAUGGAUAAACUUAAAAAGAAGUUUUUUCGACACAACAGAUCAUUAUCCGCGAAGUAUUCUAGCCAUGCUUUCGUUUCUUGAACUUGAUCUGGAGGGACAGUUACAUUCUGGAAUAGAUGAUGUAAAUAAUAUGAUUAGAAUUAUAUGUUCUCUUCAAGAGAAAUACAAUACUGAAUUCAAAAUAAACACUGCACCAGAUAUAGUACGUGAAUUUUUAAAAGGACGUAAUAAAUUAUUUUAA